GUCUGCCCAAACCUCCCGGCAAAAUCGAAAAUUUUCCCCCAAAUCUUCCACGGCAAGGCGCGCCAUCCCUCCUCUCCCCUCCCCUUAUCCGCUCCUCCUUCCCUCGCAAGCCACCGCCAAAAAUCCAUUCCAAUUCAAAAAUCUCCCCCCCCCCCUCCCUCCCUCGAAUUCUCCCACCCCAACCCUAUAAAUGCCCCCUCCCCCUCUGCCCACCGUUCCCCACGCCGCCGCGGCCGAGCCACCCACCGAUUCCCCCAAACCACCCCGAUCCGCCCCUGCGACGGCGAGGAAGACGAAGAUGCCGGCCGCGCCGACGCUGGUGCCCGCCUGCGACCUGGAGGAGCCGCUGCUGGCGGAGUCCUCCGACCGCUUCUCGAUGUUCCCCAUCCGGUACCCGCAGAUCUGGGAGUUCUACAAGAAGGCGGUGGCGUCGUUCUGGACGGCCGAGGAGGUCGACCUCUCCUCCGACGCGCGCCACUGGGACGCCGCGCUGUCCCCCGACGAGCGCCACUUCAUCUCCCACGUGCUGGCCUUCUUCGCGGCGUCGGACGGCAUCGUGCUCGAGAACCUCGCGUCCAGGUUCAUGUCCGACGUGCAGGUCGCCGAGGCACGCGCCUUCUACGGCUUCCAGAUCGCCAUCGAGAACAUCCACUCGGAGAUGUACUCGCUGCUGCUCGAGACCUACAUCCGCGACGACGUCGAGAAGGACCGCCUCUUCCGCGCCAUAGACACCGUCCCCGCCGUGCGCCGCAAGGCCGACUGGGCCAUGCGCUGGAUCGACGGCGGCGAGCGCUUCGCCGAGCGCCUCGUUGCCUUCGCCUGUGUCGAGGGCAUCUUCUUCUCGGGCUCCUUCUGCGCCAUCUUCUGGCUAAAGAAGCGCGGCCUAAUGCCGGGCCUCACGUUCUCCAACGAGCUCAUCUCCCGCGACGAGGGCCUGCACUGCGACUUCGCCUGCCUCCUCUACGACCUCCUCCGCGGCAAGCUCGACGAGGUCCGCGUCCGCGAGAUCGUUGCCGACGCCGUCGACAUCGAGAGGGAGUUCGUCUGCGACGCGCUCCCCGUCGCGCUCGUCGGCAUGAACGGCGACCUCAUGAGCCAGUACAUCGAGUUCGUCGCCGACCGCCUCCUCAUGGCCCUGGGCUGCAAGAAGAUGUACAACGUCGCCAACCCAUUCGACUGGAUGGAGCUCAUCUCCCUGCAGGGCAAGACCAACUUCUUCGAGAAGCGCGUCGGCGACUACCAGAAGGCGUCCGUCAUGUCCAGCCUCAACGGCGGCGGCGCCGGCAACCAUGUCUUCAGCAUCGACGAGGACUUUUGAUAUGCCAUCACCUUUGUACAUUUCCUAUCUUCGCCGCCCGCUUGCUCUUUUGCCCUUAGAUUACUAGUCAGUCCCAGUAGUAGUAAUACAUGUGCUUGGUGCUCCCUAAUGUUAUAGCUGUUGUUGCUGGUUCUUGUUGGUGAUGUAAUAAUCAUGGAUGCAGUUGCUGUUUAUCAACAAA